AUGACAGAAGAAAUUAAUGCCAUGAAUGUUAUAAACUCCUUAACUGUUGGUGGCGGUGAUCAAUUUAUUGCUAGUAACACAAAAAAUGCUGCUCGUUGCCCCUUUUUGCUAGUUUACCAUUUGGCUGAAACUUUAAUUCCUGAUUGUGAACAACAACAAAAACAGUCAAUUGAUAUGGAAGAAUCUAAAAAUAAUAAUAAAGAUGAAGAACCAAUGGAACAAAGUAUUAUUGAGGAUUUAAAUGAGGAAAGGAAUCAAGACUAUUUUUCACAGGAAACUGCAGUUUUAUUAGCAGAAACUAAAAAACUUCAAGAAAAAACGGCAGCUUUUAGUGCUGAACUUGCCGAAUUUCUCAAUUCCGAAUACCCAUAUAAAAAACCAGCUUUAGCUAAAUACAUAAUUGAUUCCCAGCUUAAACCCAAUGAAAAUGUUAGCGAUACAGAAAAAAUUGACAAUACAAAUCACGUCGAUUCAAGUUAUUUUGAUGCUCCAUUACAACAAUCUUUGAGUUCUGAAAAUAAGGUUAGCAUUCUUUACGAACAACAUGAUGUUAGUACAAUUAUUAUGCAAUGUUUUAGACUUCCUGAUGAGUUGGACUCUAGCAGUUUUCGGAUUGACCACAUUGUUGCUACUGAAAAUCCAGAUGGCUAUGUUGUUUUGGGUGUAAACUCUGUUAAUGAUGGGUGUGCUCUUACAGACAAUUCUUCCUCAAUAGUAAUUUAUUCGCGAAUGGAAGUUGUUCACAUGUUACAAGAAAUUUGUUUGCGUAAAUAUUUCUUUCAAAACCUAAAAAAGAUUGCGCAAAUUUUACUUCUUUCAAUUGACUAUUUUGGAAUUUAUAGACAACAGAAAUUGAAUGAAGACAAUAAAGGACAUAAUCGAACAUCAAAACAUAAAGAAAAUAAACAAGUUCUUGGAUCAGCUGUUGUUGUAAGAUUUUUUUGAUAGUCACCCCUCGCUUUUUAAUACCCAUGACGUAGGAAAAUUUGUUAUUAAAGGUAUCAUGUAAAAUCGGCUAUUCAGGGGGCUGGGGACAAUGCUGGAGACCAGGGGCGUGCCGUUUCGUCUUUUACCUUGUUUUCGACUUUUUUGGUGUUUCGCCUUUUCGUCUUUCGUGUUUCGCUUUUUAAAAUUUGUUUCGGCACAUCCCUGCUGGAGACCUCCUCCCUCCCCUCCUUCCAGAAAUAAAGAAAAGUUGUUGGGAUAAGUAUGUUCGUUAAGGUGAAUUUUUUCCGACCACAACACUUAACAUAUAGGGACCAAAAAUGUGCGUUCGUAGCGCCUAAGUAAACUCUGACGAACACCCCAUUAUUGCCCCAACCCUGAAAUCCGACCCCUUGGAAAUUCGACCCCUGAAAUCCGACCCCUUG